UGUAUAGAUAAGAGAAAUUCGUCCUUCAAAUAUAAAAUAUUGCGUAAUGCACAAACCGAUAUGCAAAAAAUACGGGUGUAUGAAGUAUAUAUAAUGCGCAACGCGAGUCAUUAUUUGACGGAAGAAUCAUUGGACGAAAGGGUUAAAGGUUGAAACUUCAAUUACACAAUGGCAAACACCGGUUUAUUAGUUUUAACAAAUCCAUCAAAGGUGACAAAAUUACUGCCUAUUAUCAAAAAGCAUGUAUUGAAAACUUUGUACAUUCAAUAUUUUCCUGAGAAGAAUAGUUUUGUGUCAGGAAAUUACACGGUUACGAAACCACGACAAACAAUACCCCACUAUGCACGUAUAAUUUCUAGUAUUUAUAUUGACACAUCUACGGUUUCCUCACGCCUUGAUAUUCGAGUUUUACUGACAAGUAUGAAAAAUUCCAAUUUAUCGAUAAUAAAUACGAAAAAGCCUGUGGAAAUAGUAAUUUUUGAUCAAAUCUAUAGUAAAAGAGAAGCUGACACAUUCAUACAGGAUUAUUUAGCGAAUACUUCCAUGGGCUGCAAUUUUAUUAGCUUGAAUGAUGAUCAAAAAGUGGAGAACACAGAUGUAAAGUCUUGCCUCGAAGAAGAAAAAACUUAUAAGAAUGUAGUACUCGGUGGUACAUUUGAUCGAAUACAUAAUGGUCACAAAAUAUUUUUAAGCGAAGCUGUAUUACAUUGCACAGAAAAACUUACAGUUGGUGUAACCAAUACGAAUAUGUUGUACGGAAAAUUAUUAUGGGAAUUGAUAGAACCAUGUUCAAAAAGAAUAACGAAUCUUAAAGACUUUUUAGAAGAUAUAGAUUCAACAUUAAAAUAUGAUGUGGUUGGAAUAAAUGAUAUGUAUGGUCCUACCAAAGAUGAUCCAACAUUCGAAAUGAUAGUAGUUAGUGAAGAAACAAUACGUGGUGGAGACAAAGUUAAUGAACUGCGUAUACAAAAGAACUUAAAUAAAUUGGAUAUACAUGUAGUGAAAUUAAUAAAAGAUGAGAAUCAUAGGGAACACGAAGAACAUAAAAUCAGUUCAAGUAAUAAUAGAAUAAGAUUAUUAGGAACACGAUUACGACCUCCUAAGCUAGGUGACAAACCUUUGAAACCCUACAUUAUUGGUUUAACUGGUGGUAUUGCAAGUGGAAAAUCAUCAGUAGCUGAGAAAUUAGAAAAAUUAGGUGCAGCACUUGUAAACUGUGACAAAAUAGCUCAUGAUUUAUAUUUACCUGGAAAACGUUGUUUUGAUGCAAUACUUGAAGCCUUUGGUUCAACUGUUCUGAGAUCAGAUGGAUUUAUUGAUAGAAAAACACUUGGGAAUAUAGUAUUCAAUGAUAAAGCACAAUUGAAGAAAUUGAAUAAACUUGUUUGGCCUAUAAUUUUGGAUGAAGCAAAAAAAAAAAUAAAUGAAUUUUAUGUGAAAGGAUUUGAUGUAAUUAUAAUGGAGGCAGCAGUGUUAAUUCAAGCCAAGUGGCAAAAUGAAUGCCAUGAAAUUUGGACGUGUAUUAUUCCUCAAGAAGAGGCCAUUAAGCGAGUGAUAGAUCGAAAUGGAUUAACUGAAGCUGAUGCAAAGUUAAGAAUCCAAGUUCAACCUAGUAAUGUAGAGCAAAUUAACGAAGCUAAUGUUGUUAUAUGUAGUUUGUGGAGUCAUCAUAUUACUCAGAAUCAAGUACAAAAAGCGUGGGAAAAUUUAAUGGAUUUCUUAUCAGCCCAAGAUAAAAGUUAA